GAGCUCAGAGUUGCCACCCAGGAGAAAGAUGGCUCUUCUGGGAGAUGUAUGCUUACUCUUCUAGGCCUCUCAUUCAUUUUGGCAGGGCUGAUUGUUGGUGGAGCCUGCAUUUACAAGUAUUUCAUGCCCAAGAGCACCAUUUACCAUGGUGAGAUGUGCUUUUUUGAUUCGGAAGAUCCUGUAAAUUCCAUUCAUGGUGGAGAGCCAUAUUUUCUGCCUGUGACUGAAGAGGCUGAUAUUCGUGAGGAUGACAACAUUGCAAUCAUUGAUGUACCUGUUCCCAGUUUCUCAGAUAGCGAUCCUGCAGCAAUUAUUCAUGACUUUGAGAAGGGAAUGACUGCUUACCUAGACUUGCUUUUGGGAAACUGUUAUCUGAUGCCCCUCAAUACUUCCAUUGUUAUGACCCCAAAGAAUCUGGUGGAGCUUUUUGGCAAACUGGCAAGUGGCAAGUAUUUGCCUCACACUUAUGUGGUUCGUGAAGAUCUGGUUGCUGUUGAAGAAAUCCGUGAUGUUAGUAACCUUGGUAUUUUUAUUUAUCAACUUUGCAACAACCGAAAAUCCUUCCGCCUUAGACGCCGAGACCUCUUGCUGGGUUUCAACAAGCGUGCCAUUGACAAAUGUUGGAAGAUUAGACACUUCCCCAAUGAAUUUAUUGUUGAAACCAAGAUCUGUCAAGAGUGAAGAAUGGCAGACAAAGAGUAUCCUUGGUAAUAAGAAGUCAGAAAAUUACAGUCUGACUUUCAUAUUCAAACUUAUGGGAUACUCAAGGUAUUUACUCAUACAUUUACUCUAUUGCUUAUACUGAAAAAGGAAAGGGGGGAGAAAACUACUAACCACUGCAAGCUAUUGCCGAAUUCUUGUUUAAUUGGCAUUGCUUGCGGUUUGCAACAAAUUAAAUGAUUAUCCUGUCUUUUGAAUUUAUAGGGUUUAGAUUUCUGAAAGCAGCAUGAAUAUGUCACUUCACAUCCUGACAAUAAAGUGCAUCUCCUGUUUUUAUUUAAAGCAGGCUCUUGACAAAAUUCCAUGGAUAGAGCAUGCUUUAAAUUUAAAAUAUUUGAAAUUGUUUUUGACAUUUUUGUGUGAAGCAUGUCAAAUCUCUUAACAUUCUUUUGUUUUCUUCUUCAUUUUGUUCAACUCUCCUGAUUUCAGAAGUUACAUUUUCACAUUUCUAUCAGGUGCUCUGUAAUGAAUCUGACUUAUAUGUGAACAAAUUCAUGAGAAAGCAGUUUUUUACCCAUGUAAUAAUUCUUUCUCACUGAUAAUCUGUAUUGUGAAAUCCACAAAACUGUAAAGGUGCUGAAUGCUGUAAGGAGUUCUGGUUGUAUGAAUUCUACAACCCUAUAAUAAAGUUUA